GACCCGGGGCGGCCGGGAGGGGGAGAAGGCGGAGAAGACCGGAGCGCGGUCGGGGGCGAGGGGGCGCCGCGGAGAGAGGGAGGCCGGAGGGGUGGGGACCCGGGCGGACCAGACGCACGGAGGCUCCCAUACAAAAAGCCGCCCCCGAAAGCGGCCGCAGCCCCGGGGAGCGCGGAGGGGGAGGGAAGGGGAGGGGAGAGGGCCCCGGACGCCCCCGCCCCACCCCGCCCGGCCCGCGGCCGAGCCGCCGGCGGACAGCGGGUUAAGCAUCUCCGCUGUGGAACUUCCGGAUGUGACCACAGAGAGAGGGAGAGACCGGGAGAGGGGGAGAGAGCGAGACGGAGCCGCCAGCAUCCCUCCGGCCCGCCAACGCCGGGACCCCGCACCGCGCUGGGAGCCGCCGCAAGCCCCUCGCCGCCCCCCGCCGCCCGGGCCCGGCCCCCCGGCGCCCCUCUGUCCCCCGCCUCGCGGUCCCCGGGUCUCGGGCUGGUUCCCUCCUCCCAGGACCCGGGGGAGGGGCUGGGGGCCCCGGGGAGGGGGCCUCGGGCGGCCCUCCCUCGCCUGCUCGCCCCUUCCCUGGCCGUGACCCCCGCGGGGGCAGGAGGCUGGGGGUCCAUGCUCGGAGCCUCCGCACUGCCGGGCGCCUGCCGCUGACAGCGGUGGGGGUGGGGGGGCCGGGCACCCAGCCUCCUGCCCCACCCCCUGGCGUCGGCACCGCGGGCCAUCUGGGGCCGCUGCCCCCGGCUGCGCCCUCCCCGCCGGCCAGGCCCUGGAGGGACCCGGGAGCUGCCGCCGGCAUCAGCCCAUGGCCCGGAGGUACGAUGAGCUGCCCCACUACCCCGGCAUCGUGGACAGCACCGCAGCCCUGGCUGGCUUCUCGGAGGCAGUGUCCUCGGCACCGAGAGCCCCCGGGCCCUAUGGCCCCCACCGGCCUCCCCAGCCCCCGGGCUUGGACAGUGACGGCCUGAGAAGGGAGAAAGAUGAGAUCUAUGGCCACCCGCUCUUCCCGCUGCUAGCCCUGGUCUUUGAGAAAUGUGAAUUGGCCACAUGUUCUCCCCGUGAUGGGGCUGGGACUGGGCUGGGCACACCCCCGGGCGGUGACGUCUGCUCCUCCGAUUCCUUCAACGAAGACAUUGCAGCCUUUGCCAAGCAGGUCCGCUCCGAGAGGCCCCUCUUCUCCUCCAACCCAGAGCUGGACAAUCUGAUGAUACAGGCCAUUCAAGUGCUCCGCUUCCACCUAUUGGAGCUGGAGAAGGCCUGGCCCCCGGGUGGCCCCCCCAGUACCCCGGUGCCCCCUCAGGUCCACGACCUGUGCGACAACUUCUGUCACCGCUACAUCACCUGCCUCAAGGGGAAGAUGCCCAUCGACCUGGUCAUCGAGGAUCGGGACAGCAGCUGCAGAGAAGACCUCGACGACUACCCGGCCUCCUGCCCCAGCCUCCCAGACCAGAAUACUGCAUGGAUUAGAGACCAUGAAGACAGCGGGUCUGUACAUUUGGGGACCCCAGGUCCAUCCAGCGGGGGCCUGGCCUCCCAGAGUGGGGACAACUCCAGUGACCAAGGAGAUGGACUGGACACUAGCGUGGCCUCUCCCAGCUCUGGGGGAGAGGACGAGGAGCUGGACCAGGAGCGGCGGCGGAAUAAGAAGAGAGGGAUCUUCCCCAAGGUGGCCACCAACAUCAUGAGAGCCUGGUUGUUCCAGCACCUCUCGCACCCGUACCCCUCAGAGGAGCAGAAGAAACAGCUGGCGCAGGACACGGGGCUCACCAUCCUGCAAGUCAAUAACUGGUUCAUUAACGCCCGGCGUCGCAUCGUGCAACCAAUGAUCGAUCAAUCCAACCGCACAGGGCAGGGUGCAGCCUUCAGCCCAGAGGGCCAGUCCAUGGCUGGCUACACCGAAACCCAGUCACACGUGACCGUCAGGCCUCCAGGAUCAAUGGGGAUGAGUUUGAACUUAGAAGGAGAGUGGCAUUAUCUAUAGAGGCUGAAGUCAGAAGAAAUGGUUGAUGGCACAGAAGGCCUGAUCGAGGUCCAGACCCCUCCCUGCCUCCUGACUUGGCUUCUCCUUCUCCUCCUCACAGACCCCACCCUCUGGACUGUGACCGCUUCAGGCUCUUACCUGCUUCCGGUUACCACCUGGCCCACCUCCUACGCCCCCCCCCCCCCCAACUCAACGCCUACCUCCCUGGGACCCUGCUGUGACAUGAGGGGCCUGAGCGCCCACUCGAGGGUCUCUCACGGACAAAGACAAGGCCUCCCGGCCCUGCACCCCACUGUGCCGUCACCUCUGCCCAAAACCCAAGCUGAGAUCUCAGGCCUGGGUCUGCAGAAGAUACUGGCUGGGGACCCCCAGGACAGAGAAGGGAUUGGGGGUGGGCUGGGGCCAUCAGGGAAGGAAGGUCACCUGGAUUUGACAUUUGGGGAGGUUCCCUUCAUCCUCCCAGCCCACCACCCUCUUUCCCCUCUCCCCCUACCUCCCUCUUCUGUUGUCUUCUCUCUCUUUUUUUUUAAUGAUAAAGUCUUAAAAAGCCACCAA